CGACAAAGAUCGACUGAAAUGCGUGCUGCCUCGUGCGCGUUUGCGAAGAAAUUGGUUAUUUUCCGUCGUGUGUGUCGUGGAUCGUUGAUCAACAUUAUGCAAGAAUAAGAAAAUAUAAAGUUUUAGGCACCGUUAGCGAGGCAUGGAAUCGCGCAGAGGCUACAACAGUUACCGCGACUCGAGCAGUGACACGGACCAGGACGGUGACGACAGGCGCCUCUACAAGAACCGCGUCGGGUCGUCCCCCAAACCAAAGCCGUGCCUGGUUCGACGGCGCAGCUCGGACUCCCCCACUCCCGGCACAUCGUCUCCCAUGUCUUCUCAACGGAACAGAGACACGCUGGGUGCCUCGAUGGCCAGCCCGUCGCGCCACCACAGCGGCGGACAGCCAGAGGUCAUCAGCAGCUCCGGUGACCGAGUCACCCUCGUCGUCGACCACACCCGCUUCAUUGUCGACCCGAGCCUCUUCACACGCGAGCCCAACACCAUGCUCGGCAGAAUGUUCUCCUCGGGCCUGGAGUUUGUACGCACCAACGAGCGCGGCGAGUACAACGUGGCCGAAGGUAUCAGCUCGUCCGUGUUUCGGGCCGUACUCGAGUACUACAAGACGGGCGUGGUGCGCUGUCCGCCCUCUGUCAGCGUGCCGGAGCUGAGAGAGGCCUGUGACUACCUGCUGGUGCCCUUCAGUGCCGACGUGGUGCGCUGCAAGAACCUGCGUGAGUAG